AUGAAAUCAAAGUCAAGCAUUUCUGACUUUCUCUCAAAGAGAAUACAAAAGGAACUUUACAUUUUCAAUUCGGAUCCUCCACCUCAAUGUAAAGCAAAGCCUCAGUCUGAAAGUAAUUUGAAGAAGUGGUUGGCAAUCAUUGAAGGGCCUGAAGGAACUCCCUAUCAAGGUGGUUUCUUCCAUCUUUCGAUUGACUUUCCCGACGAUUACCCAUUCAAAGCACCAACCAUUAAAUUUCUAACCAAGAUUUAUCAUUGCAACAUUUCAAAGAGAGGAAACAUUUGUUUGGAUACUCUGAAGGAUACUUGGAAUCCCUCAUUAACAAUCUCAAAAGUACUGUUGAGUAUUCUUAGCCUUCUAUCGGAACCUAAUCCUUCCGAUCCUUUGGAAGCAAAAAUUGCUAAGGAAUACUUGGAAAAUAGAAAGCAACAUGACAAGAAUGCUGUUGUAAGUUAA